AUGGUGAAGUAUCACUACAUUAUGGACGAGGGCUUGCCCUGCAUUUGUGAUCCCGGAGGUGGCCAGGAUACCAUCGCCAGCUUCCAGUCUGCGCUCAAGUUCCUGAACAAAGGGCCUCUCAUCGACCGCUGCAAACCUGAGAACAUUGAGAUUUACCCAUUGGGAGUCACCAAAGAAGAUUGGAGGGACAAAGAGCCGCUCAAGCCAACUGAUAAGAUCCCAACGGGCUCUUCCAAGCAAAAUGCUAUUUUUGUCCAUGUCCCCCGCGACUACCAAGAUCUUACCCCCGAGGAACGACGACUCUACGCCCAGCCCCCCUACAAUCCAGAUCCUCCCAAGCAAGAUGAUGCGAAACCAAAGGCCCCACCCAAACCUAUGGCUCGACCUGAAAUUGAGCCACUCACCUUUAAACCCAAAAGUCCCAAAAAGAGCCCGAAACCCAAACCAAAGCCGAAAGCUCCACCGGCUCCAGAACCAGAACCUGCUGGCCCCAUGGAUGGACCUGGAAUUCCUAUGGCUCCACCUCUAGAACCUCGUCCAGAGCCAGAGCCGGAACCUGAAGCUCCAAAGCCAGACCCCUACAUUCCCAACCCGAUGGACAUGUCGUUGUACAAAUGCUGGUACCAAAUUGAGGGGGAUAUUGUCCCUUACUACAUUCGAACUGAAGGUGGUGAGAAAGGAAAGGAACUCAAGGAACACAUUUUUGCAACCCGAAAAACUGGCCGCAGUGCCAAACUAUUGGCAGGAGCCACAGCCGAUGAUCUUCAUCUCUAUGUUCCCGGUGUGGACGAAAAAAGUGGAAAUGACCUUGGUGAUGGCGAUCUACUGCCCGGAGGUACCUCGGAGAGAGAGCCAAUUCUUGUUGUAGUCAAGGAGGUCAAGGGCCAAGGACGCACUUUGACGCCAAUCACCAGCUAG